AAAGUGUCGUUUAAGCUGUGAGAGAAUGAGGAUGAGUUUUGGGUUGACUUUCAGGGCAGCAAAAAGCCGCUGGAUGGUGAACGUCAGCCGGCAGUGCUCACAUGGGUCUGUUGGGUUAUUUGUGCCACCAAGUCCUCCUCUGGACCCUGAGAAGGUCAAAGAGUUACAGCGCUUCAUCACUCUUUCCAAGAGACUCCUAGUGAUGACCGGGGCAGGAAUCUCCACCGAGUCGGGGAUCCCAGACUACAGGUCAGAAAAGGUGGGACUCUACGCCCGCACUGACAAGAAACCCAUUCAGCACGGGGAUUUUCUACGGAGUGCUCCAAUCCGCCAGCGGUACUGGGCGAGAAACUUUGUAGGCUGGCCUCGGUUCUCCUCCCUCCAGCCUAACCCUGCACAUUGGGCUUUGAGCAAUUGGGAGAGACUUGGAAAGCUGUACUGGUUGGUGACCCAAAAUGUGGAUGCCUUGCACACGAAAGCAGGGAGUCAGCGCCUGACAGAACUCCACGGAUGCAUGCACAGGGUCCUUUGCUUGGACUGCGGUGAAAAGAUUACCCGCAGAGCGUUGCAGGAGCGUUUUGAAGCCCUGAACCCCACCUGGAGUGCUGAGGCCCAUGGCCUGGCUCCUGAUGGCGACGUCUUUCUCACAGAGGAGCAGGUGCAGAGCUUUCAGGUCCCGUCCUGCGCUCGAUGUGGAGGUCCCCUGAAACCAGACGUCGUUUUCUUCGGGGACACGGUGAACCCUGACAAGGUUGACUUUGUGCGCAGGCGUGUAAAAGAAGCCGACUCCCUCUUGGUGGUGGGAUCGUCCUUGCAGGUGUACUCCGGCUACAGGUUUAUCCUCACUGCCCGAGAGAAGAAGCUUCCAAUCGCGAUACUUAACAUUGGGCCCACACGGUCGGACGACUUGGCAUGUCUGAAACUGGAUUCUCCCUGUGGAGAGUUGCUGCCUUUGAUAGACCCACAUUGACCAGAGCCUGAUGCUCCUGAGCCAGAAACAGACUUUCACUGUAAUCCUGCUAUUAAAGAUCCGUGGUAAGGAUUCCUCCCUUCUUCCUCUACCUAAUCAAAGCUCACUGGAUGCAGCCUGUAGAGGGCAGCAAACCGACAUCUUUCUCCAGCCCCUCUCUGAACUGGGCAAGUUUGAGUGUGACCGAUGAGAUUUGACCCUUAAGAAAGAUUUUUCAAAGCAGUGGCUGCUCUGGGUAGGGAAAACUGCCCUCACUUGCUUUUUAUCUCACCAGGCGGAAGAAACAGCUUGGGAAAUAAUGUAGGCCAGAACAGUCUCUGGAGUGCUAGCUAACCCAGGAAUCUCACUGAGGUGGGGGGUGAGGGGAGAAGAAAAUGACUUCAUUUAUAAUUACAAAUGGUUAAGUGUCUCUAACUGAAACAUUCUGAUAUAUUUUUUUAAGAUGAGUAAUGGUAUGAGUGAAUUUUUUAUGAACGAAGGAAUAAAGGAAUCAUAUUUUUAAUAGCACACUUAGGUAUGUGGGCUUUAGGUUUAUAUUUUUUUAAUCAGCUAAAAGAGAAUGGGCUUUAUGACACAGUUCUCUGAGGAUUUCUGCUGGAUUUCAGCUGCCAGAAUGAGACAUUUGCCUUGAACCUGGUCUGUAGAGAGGAAACAUGUGGGCUCUUAAACUGAUUUGUUUCUGCCAAGUAAGGCAGCAAGCCUGUACAAGGCUAAAGCUUUCAGCACAAUCUCAAAGUAAAAAAAAUAAAAAAGUAAAGCGGAUGAAAGAGUCACAGCCUUUUCUAGCUAGUCUUUUGUCUAAAAUUAGGGCAAGGAAUACAUGUUCAUCUUGCACCUGCCUAGGAAGUAAAUUUUAGUUAACGGAUAAUCCAGGAUCUUGAAACCAACAGAGUUCUUUUCAUCUGCACAACUGUAUGUUUUCCCAUAGCCGCUAAUUCUGAAGAGGUGUACGGUUGUUGUAAAUCUCAUUUCAGCUUUUUUGCAGAGGAUCCUAAGGUGCUUUGAAUCAGAUUUGCUCAGUUACCAAAAGUCAGUACCAAUAAUUGUAUUCAGAUCUGGGUCUUUCAGAUCUCAAGCUAUUCUCAUCCCCAAAUUUCAUCAGGGGUUACUAUAUCAGUUACAGAUACUAUAUUAAGGUACUAAGGCGACAAUCUCUUGGCUUCAAGUGGCUCACAGAAAAUGUGCUAUUUCCCCAUCCUUACUCUCUACCACAGAAUGUCACAGAUUCAUGCAUGAGAUGAGACAGAAUGGGAGCAAAUUAAAUGCAUCCCCCUCAUUUUAUUUUGGGGGAAACUAAGAUCCAGACUUACUGAAGGCCAUACAACAUAGUUUCAGAGCCAGGACUAGAAUCCAAGACUUUCCUCCCAGUUCUUUUCUUUUUGAACAACUGCUUCCUAUUUGUCUGAGGCUUAUGCUUAGAAAGAAGCCUGAAUUAGAAGCCAGCAGUACAACUGGCCAAGGAGACCAGGAAUGGUUAAGCUGCAGCAGGCCCUGGAGAGCAGGUUAGGUUGCCAGGGAGGGAGGCAGGCUCUACCACCUAAUGCUGGCAUGAUUCAUGAAACCAAGUCUUCAGGACCUCAGGAAUGUUCAUUUUGUUCAUAGUUCCUCCUGAGGUGGAAUUCCUCCCCCAAAAUUUGUCCCAAGACAAACUCUGCAAAGAUCUCACAUCUCCUCACUUUACAUCUUUUGCUUUUUACCAGCAUGGCAGUUCCUAACCCACUAUAAGUGUCCUCUGUUGGAAUAACAAACUGACUAGUGGGCGCCAUCAAUGUGUCACUGCCCCGGUUACAGCCUUCCAGCUGCGUGUAGCUUUGGGCAUGACCCUCCUCAAUUGCUUAUAUGGCUCUGCUCUGCUAUCACAGUUUUAGUAAGUAGAAGUCACAAAGGCAAACAAGUACAUGACACUCAAAACCAAUUUCCCACUAACUUAUAUUCCUUCUUUUAUACUGUCAUAAAUUAUCUGUCUUUUAGCUCUCCCUUAAAUAAUAACAUUUAUUGAGCACACUAUAUCCCAAACACUAUGCAAAGUAUUUCACAACACAUUAUCAGCUCACUUGAUGAGUUAACCCAGUAAGAAAUGCUUGGCCAUGCGUAAGGGUCAGUCUUCAGCCAGUGAAUGCCAAACUUUUCCUGAGAGGAUCCAUUAAGGACCAAUAGGAAAUUCAACACUCCUAGGUAGGGUACUAACUGUCCCAGAUUGCCCAGUACUGAGGGGGUUUCCUGGGUUGCAGGACUUUCAGUGCUAAAAUCAGGAUGAACUGGUUACCCUGCUCCUAGGAAUGGGGUAUUAGUUAUCAGUUAAUUGAAAUAGUUAAUUCCAGAUAUAUUAUCCUUCUUGGGAUUCCAGAUGGUGCUCAGAUCCAGAUUUUUUAUUUAAUCUUUAUGUCACUAAACAGAUAAAUUCCACUUUGUGAAAGGGAGGGGGGAGUUAAUCUCGUCCAAGAAAGGAGAGAGAGUGAGUGUGUGUGUGUUUCCUCUAUUAGAAAAGGGAUAUAGCACAAAUUGAAACUCUUAGGAUAUAGACAGACCUGGAUUUCCAUCCCUGUCUUGCUACUUACUAGUUAUGUGAAUUUGGGCAAAUGAUUAAUCUUCAGUCUCUUUGGAUGAGGAUACCAGUAGCUACCUAACUGGGUUGUUAGGAAGAUUAAGAAAGGUAGGGAUGCAUCUGAAACUCCCAGCACAGUGCCUGGCACACAGUAAGCAAAUGUCAGCCAUAACCACUUGGCUAAAACUCUGUCCUCUACUGAAUACUUCAACUAGACUCGCAUGGGUCUUUUCCAGAGCUACAUUCCUUUUUGUGUAUCUGUCGUUUUUUCAGAAGAUUACAAAAGCCAAGUCUUACCUGAUAGAAUAAAGCCUUUCUAAAGAAAA